AUGAAGAGCCAGCUUCUUCUGGCGGCGUCUGUGACUCUGGCCACCGCAUUUGAUUUCUCUGGGCAGCCCGAGUGUGCUGUUCACUGCCUGAAGGAUGCCAUUGCCAUGGUAAAUUGCACUCUCGACCUGCAAUGCGUGUGCCCCAAGUCGACUCAAGGUACAAUCAGAGAUGAAGCAAUGGGCUGCGUGUUUGCUUCGUGCCAAGCAAGCGACGUUGUAAAGGCUCAGAAGGCCGCUGCUGCGGCUUGCGCGACCUUUACACCGGCUGUAGACGGUCCCAAUUCUCACUCAGCUACCCGAGCUGACGUUGUUUUGCCAACCACUAUCUCAGGUGCUGCAGCUCGCGUGCCUCGGUCAGCCUUCGUCAGCGCUUUCUUUGGUGUCGCUGUAUUUCGAGAGAUAUGUGUAUAA